AAAGCCCAGUCGCCAUCUUGGUUUUUGUUGACAGUCGGUUAGAUCAAAGUUUCUUGAAAGAAAUCAUGAUGAAUACUAUACCCCACUCGAAUCACGCGAAUGCACCACCAGGAAAGCGGAAAGAGAUAUAUAAAUAUGAAGCUCCAUGGACUGUGUAUAGUAUGAACUGGAGUGUCAGACCUGAUAAACGAUUUCGAUUGGCUCUCGGUAGUUUUGUUGAAGAAUACAAUAACAAAGUUCAGAUAGUGGCAUUAGAUGAAGAAACCUCAGAUUUUGUUGCCAAAAGUACAUUUGAUCAUCCUUACCCUACUACAAAAAUAAUGUGGAUUCCAGAUUCAAAAGGUGUAUUUCCUGAUUUAUUAGCUACUAGUGGAGAUUAUCUCAGAGUAUGGCGAGUGGGAGAAACAGAUUCACCUGGUACUAGACUAGAAUGUCUUCUCAAUAAUAAUAAAAAUUCUGAUUUUUGUGCCCCACUGACAUCAUUUGAUUGGAAUGAAGUGGACCCUAAUUUAUUAGGUACCUCAAGUAUAGAUACAACUUGUACUAUCUGGGGUUUGGAGACAGGACAAGUUAUAGGGCGUGUCAAUAUGGACCCCCGAGUCAAUAUGGUGUCUGGUCAUGUUAAAACACAGUUAAUAGCCCAUGAUAAAGAAGUUUAUGAUAUUGCUUUUAGUCGAGCUGGUGGUGGACGUGAUAUGUUUGCUAGUGUUGGUGCCGAUGGAUCAGUAAGAAUGUUUGAUUUAAGGCAUUUAGAACAUUCUACUAUAAUCUAUGAGGAUCCCCAACAUAUCCCACUCCUUCGCCUAGCAUGGAAUAAACAAGACCCUAACUAUCUCUGUACAAUGGCUAUGGAGGCACAAGAGUGUAUAAUAUUAGAUGUUAGAGUACCAUGUACACCAGUAGCCAGAUUAAACAAUCAUAGAGCCUGUAUUAACGCUAUCACCUGGGCUCCUCAUUCAUCUUGUCAUAUCUGUACUGCAGCUGAUGAUCACCAAGCAUUGAUCUGGGAUAUACAACAGAUGCCACGAGCUAUAGAAGAUCCUAUAUUAGCUUACACAGCAGCUGGUGAAAUCAACCAGAUACAAUGGUCCUCUACCCAACCAGACUGGAUCUCUAUCUGUUAUAAUAAUAACAUGGAAAUAUUACGUGUGUAGAAUCUAACUGUGUCAUUAUUCGUGUUGUGAAAAGUCAUCCUACUUUCAUUUUAAGUCUAUAUUUAUUACUGAUAUUUAUAGAGAAUAUGGAUAAUGUAUCUAAAACUGCAGUUAAUUGGCCUAUUUUCGAAUAAUUUCACACUCAAAAUGUGUCUUUUUGAAAACUUUGAUUAAUUCAGAUGUACAUGCAGUAGAUUUGUAAUUAAUAUAGGAACAGGAUAAUUGUCUGUGGUGGUGUGGACAUUAGUAUUGUGUACAAUAAGAGAA